CCUAGUUCACUCCGAGCCUUCAGAGGCAUGCAACGGAGGUGGAGGGGGUUGCUUUGUUUUGGGAAACGUGUGAAUGGGCCGUAACUUGAGCCAGUGUUGAAGGAGAGAGCGAGGCAAGGAGAGAGGGAGAGAAGGAGGGCGGCUGCCUGCCUGCCUGCUAGGCUCACUCCCUCUCGCUCUCUUUCUCUCCCGGCUUUCAGAGGAGCCUCUUCGGCGCUGGAGGCUGCUCAGGAGUAGGCUCUGCAAGGGGCCAAGCUGAGGAGGAGCCCCCAGCUCUGCUUCCCCGCCGGGAAAAGGGAGGGCAGCAGCGACAAAACCCGGCUUCUUCUUCCAGGACUUCUGGCGUGUAAGCUGCGUUUGGUGGUUAAGCGCAACAGUUGUCUUCGAAUGCUGCAGGAGAAACUGUGUUAAAGGACAUAUUCUACAGGCUUUCCAGGCAAGACGCAUCCAGGGAUCUGAGAGGCGGGAACAAAUAAGCUCCAAGUGAAAUAAGGAAGGGGAACGAAACAGGAGAUUUUAAAGCCACAAGCAAAUCAGGGAGGCAGCUGCUUGCUGCUUACUGCUGCAAUGAACUGGCUAGAGGAACCAAACUGGCAGCUUCAGAUUUCCUUGCUCAUGCUGCUUUCUGUGCACACCAAGGGAAACUUCCUAGACAGCAGACCCUUGAGGAGUUCUGGGAAAGUGAACAUGGAACCCAGGAAAGAAGAUGGUGGAAGUACAGCUACCCCUCCCCAGAAGAUGUUGUGGUGUCACUGCCAUCACUACUGUCCUGAAAACUCAAAAAACAACACCUGCAGUACUGAUGGCUACUGUUUUGCCAUGGUAGAAGAUGAUGACUCUGGAGGGCAGACUUUCACCACAGGCUGUAUAGGAUUGGAAGGCUCUGAUUUCCAGUGCCGGGACACUCCACUGUCCCAACCAAGACGAUUGAUCGCCUGCUGCACAGAUCAAAAUUUCUGUAACAAAGAUCUUCACCCUACUCUGCCACCGCUGGAAGGUCGAGGUUUCACAGAGGGAAAUGCUCACCACAAGGCUUUGCUGAUUUCAGUCACCGUUUGCAGCAUACUGCUAGUGCUUGUCAUCAUAUUCUGUUAUUUCAGGUAUAAAAGGCAAGAAAGCAGACCUCCUCGCUACAGUAUUGGGCUUGAACAAGACGAGACUUACAUUCCUCCUGGAGAAUCCUUGAAAGACCUCAUUGAGCAGUCACAGAGCUCUGGAAGUGGUUCUGGGCUCCCUCUGCUGGUACAGAGGACUAUAGCAAAGCAGAUUCAGAUGGUGAAGCAGAUUGGUAAAGGUCGCUAUGGAGAGGUCUGGAUGGGUAAAUGGCGAGGAGAAAAAGUGGCUGUCAAAGUCUUCUUUACCACUGAGGAAGCCAGUUGGUUCCGAGAGACGGAAAUUUAUCAAACUGUUUUGAUGAGGCAUGAAAAUAUUUUAGGUUUUAUUGCUGCAGACAUUAAAGGCACAGGGUCUUGGACUCAGUUGUAUCUUAUCACUGACUACCAUGAGAAUGGAUCAUUGUAUGACUACCUGAAGUCCACAACAUUGGAUACGAAAGCUAUGCUUAAACUAGCAUAUUCCUCUGUCAGUGGAUUGUGCCACUUGCACACGGAGAUCUUCAGUACUCAAGGCAAGCCAGCUAUUGCCCACCGGGACCUCAAAAGUAAAAACAUUCUAGUGAAAAAGAAUGGCACCUGUUGUAUAGCAGAUCUUGGUUUGGCAGUUAAAUUUAUUAGUGAUACAAAUGAGGUAGACAUACCACCGAACACGAGAGUAGGAACAAAACGGUACAUGCCUCCUGAGGUCUUGGAUGAAAGCCUGAACCGGAAUCAUUUCCAAUCAUAUAUCAUGGCCGAUAUGUACAGUUUUGGACUCAUCCUUUGGGAAAUAGCGAGGAGAUGCGUUUCUGGAGGUAUAGUUGAAGAAUAUCAGCUUCCCUAUCAUGACCUUGUUCCCAGUGACCCCUCAUAUGAAGACAUGAGGGAAAUAGUGUGUAUUAAAAAGUUACGGCCUUCAUUUCCAAACAGAUGGAGUAGUGACGAGUGCUUAAGACAAAUGGGCAAACUAAUGACAGAAUGCUGGGCUCACAACCCUGCGUCCCGGCUCACAGCCCUGCGAGUAAAGAAAACGCUUGCCAAAAUGUCAGAGUCACAGGACAUUAAGCUCUGAUUCGGCCGAUGAAAGCUUCCUCUUUGCUGAAGUUCAGAAAAAUGGACUUUUCUUCAUGUUUCAAAGAGACGAGAAGAAGAACUUGCAAAGUGUUUGCUAAUAUAAACCUUGAAUGCAGACAUUUGGCACACACUGACACAGAAACCUUUCCAGGAGAAAGAAAUGUGGCCCCAGCAAGAUUUGGUACCUUAACGACCCAAAAGAAAAACCCUUUUGCCUCUUUUGGGAGUGACCAGAGAAACAGUGUUGACAGCUGCUUCAAGAUUAUGCAUGCUGCUUUCUAUGAAAGCCAUUAUUAAUAUUAUUGUUGUUAUUGUUAUUUGGAUGGUUUAAUUUUGAUGAAAAUGAACCUUUGCAAAUAUAAAGUACAAGAAAAAUAAUUAUAUUGUUAUACUAAUAAAAGGAAGUUCACCAAAAUUCUAAAGAAAAGUUGCUAUUCUUUCCUAUCAGUAAAAAAAGGCUGUUGUGCUCCAUGACAACCCCAAAACCACCACAUUGAGAAAUAGAAUGUGUCUUACAAGUGAUGUUCCGUGCACAUCUGAAUGUUGACAUACCAUGCAAGAGAGAUCUGUUAGAAAGGUGGUACCAUAAUGACAUCACCUGAAUUGCUGCUAAGCAGUGCCUUGCACACAUAAGAUGCUAUUUUCUUGUAGUUUCUUCUACAUAAGACUUUCACAUUGCAAGUUAGGAAAAUUCUACCAAGGGCAUUAAGAGAAAACUUUUGGGGAAAACUUUUCAAAAAUAGCAACAGAUAGGUCCUGUUCUGGAGGUCUGGGAAGAUGGAGGGAGGUUAUCAAAGCGGGAAGGUAGUCAACUGGUAGCACACCUGAUAUUAGUUGUUGGUCUUUGAAUUGGAAGCAGAGCUUUAUCUGUGUUCUGCUUGCUAGCUACUACACAGUGUGGCAAAACCACUGCAUAAGAAGGUACUGGAUACCUGCUUAUGUAAUAUCGGAAAAAAGUACUUAUGGCAUUACAAUACUGCUAUUCCAUUGUAUCAGUAUUCAGGAAGAUUUCAACUACUGUUUGUGCAGAAUUGGGGUAAAUAGAAACAAUAUGGAAACUGUACAUUGAGAUGUGCUUUUGCAAGGGGGUGUCGUUGGAGAAUUGUGCCUUCAGGAAUAGUUUGAUUUUUUGGAAUUACCACACAA